UGGAAUAUAUGUUAUGCAGUAAGAUAUAGCCAACCAUUUGAAGAGAAGACUUGCACUCCACGAGACCUUUAAAAGGUUUGCUGUGGCGCUUUUCACUUUGCUGCAUCGACAUCAUUGUCUUGAAAUCAUUGUUGAGGCUGAAUGACCAAAACAUCAGUUUAUGUUGACCAACAUCAGAUUAUGUUGACCAACACCAACAUAAACAGAGAGAUCAGCGCAAAAUCGCGCCGCCAUUACAAGAAAGCAGCAUGCAGACUGCUGGACCAGAUCGUCUGGUGGGCGCCCCACUUCUUCCUGCUUUCCGAAUCGUCUUCAUCUUCAUCGCCAGUGUCGAGGUGCUUGCUGGUACCGUCGGUAACGGCCUGCUGCUGCUUUUUCUAGGAACUAGAAGGUCGCUGUGCUCGCGAGGAGCGCUCGUGCACAACCUGUUCAUCGCCAGCCUCGCGGUGACUGAUCUUCUGGCACUCGGCUACUGGAUGGUCUUCUUCGUCCUGGACCUCAGCUUGGGAUACAACCCUGUGGUCAACGAGGAACACUGUGUGGUCAACGGCUUUCUUAUCACCGUCAGCGCAACGGUCAGUAUCUUGUCCCUGGUCGGCAUAUCCUUCAACCGAUACCUGUGUGUAUGUCACAAGCAUCUCUUCCGGAGGUUCUUCACCACCCAUCGCACCUACCUCUUGUGUCUCCUGUGCUGGGUAGCUGGACUUCUCAUCUGUCUUCCGCCAUUUUUCGGCCUCGGCUCCUACUGCUACAUUCGCAAGAGGCACAUCUGCUCGUUCUGUCGGGAGGGCAACGCCAUCUAUGCCAAAAUUAUGACAACUCUUUUUUGUACCGUCUCGUUGUUUUUAAUCAGUUACUGGAAUUAUUCUAUUUUCAGAUAUUGGGCAAAUGUUCGUUUAACAUCCUUGAAUCGUGCGAGAGUAAAAGAAAAGGAUAAUGAUAAUGAAGAUGAUAAUGAAGUGUCGGAGGUUUGCCAAACGGAAGCUAGAAAUGAAAAUAAGAGUAGAACGAAAGAGAAGGAGAAUGAAAGCCGGGAAGAUGGGAAUGACAGCAGAAACCAGAUGGUAGAUGAGGAUGAAAGAGGAAACAGGACGAAUAUUGAUAGCAAGGAUGUCGUUCCUAAGAAGGUUCAGUGUGUGAAUAUUAUUUCCUUAGCUCUAUGUCAGGGUGAGUGUUCCCACGAAGACGACCGGCAGAAGGGUCAUGGCGAGAAUCGAGAAGACAGAACCAGUCUUUACGAAGCACCGGAAGCUGAAAACAGGGGAAAAGUGAAAGACUGUCGGUUCGAUGUCUGCCAUCGGACGAGAAGCAGAUCCUUCGCGGACUCAACACAAGACUUUGAGGAUUGUACACACGAAAGGAGUCAAGAUGGAUGGCUGAUGCCAGAUCACGUGACUGACGAGCUAGGCUUUGGUGAGGGGAUAGAGAGAAGCAGCGAAUGUAGCAAAAAAGGAGACAAAGAAGAAGCUAUCAGCACCUCGCAAUUCAGAGUCUUCCAGUCCAGACGGCAGUCCUCCCGCAACAUGCAGACUGAAGAAGACAGAAGACCAGCGUGGAGCAGACUCACAUCGAAGACAUCAACAGAUGAAAGUUGCGUGACGUCACUGCAUCGGCAUCAUCGACGACAAAGGUCAAGAGAAGUCGCAUUUGUCAGGUCUCUAUGUGUCGUCUGCUUUCUCUUCUUUGUCGGUUUCUUUCCUUACACCGUCAUCAACGUUGUUGAUUUCUAUUGGACAGUUCCACCGGAAGUUUUGAUAUUCAGCAACCUGUUGUUGUUCUUCAACAGCGCCGUGAACUGGAUUGUAUACGGUGUCAUGAACCCGACCUACAGGCGUGGGUAUGCCGAACUAGUGAGAGGGUGUUUGAAGCGGGUGGCUAGGGAGACCGGAACCGGUUCAGGAGCAGCGACAAAUCUGCCUUCGACAUCAACACCACCAAAGAAGUAUGCUUCACAUAUGAGCGAUGUUAACCACACCUGACAUUUCAUGUUUUCUGCAGGGCAGUAAAUCUUCUACAUUUAGCAGUUGGACCAACAAGUCUAAUGUUGUUAUUGUAAGAAAUGGUUGUCAUGCUGUUUAAAAAAAUGGUUUGAUGAUUGUGAGAAAUUUGAAGCAGUUAAUGAUGAAGAUAACCGCUGACAAGAUUAAAACACUCUUUCUGUACAAAUUGAAUAGUUAAACCUCAUUACAAAUAUCUUGUCAGAUAAUAGCUCUUCAACCUAAACACGACAAGAACAGGUGCAACCAAUGUGUCUGUGUUAAAGGUAAAUUCACUUAAGAUUUAAGUUUUACAUUGUAAACAGACGAGGUAGAGUUUUGUCGAAGAAGUGACACAGCUUCGAUGUUUAAUUUAGACACUCAGUAUGAAAAUUCUGCUAGUGUCUAAACACAGGUGAGGCGGCUCACCUUUCUGAGUUUUCACAACUUUAUCUUCAUGUUGUACAAAGAAAUGUCACAGAGGCUGACUUGCCUUUAGGGAUGUUGAUGCGAAGGUUUCAAAUGUUAGUAAAUAAGCUAUCUGGCAAGGAUUUAUAUAAAAUUUAGCUGUUUAUGUUUUAGUUUUUAAAAUUUUCCUACUAAUUUAAAAAUGUUCGUUUUCAUAUUCUUGUCUGGUGUGAUAAAAUGAAAAUGUGUAAUGUAUUGAUGUAUUUUUAUGAAAAAGGAAUAAAAUGAUAAUGGUUAGUUAUUUGGUUAUAUAUCUAUAGUAAAGGAAUGUAGAAGAACACAG